AGUGGAGAAAUUGGGACAGAGAGAGGAAUCCAAGCAGACAGCUUCCCUAAUAGAGCAUGAUUAACUCAGCUAGAGAAGCAGGGGACCGCUGGACUGCAGCAGCAUUUUUAGUUCGAUAUUUGAUGUAUAUGUUUAGGAUUUAGCUAUCAUGGCAACAGUGCAUCUGUUUUUGAAAGCAUGUUUAAUCAUGGACCAGCGAAUACACUUAAAAUGGUGGCUGCAUUUUUUAUUGGUUUGCCUCCUUUUUGGUGUUUCGUUUGGAGAAGUCCGUUACAUCCUUCCAGAGGAGAUGCAGCGGGGAUCGGUUAUCGCGAAUGUAGCGCGGGAUCUGGGGCUAAAAGUGACGGAGCUUGAUGCUCGUAGAACCCGUGUUGUAGCCGAAGGAACUAGCCAGCUGUGUGAACUGGACACUGCGUCAGGCAAUCUUUUGAUCAGCCAACGGAUAGAUCGAGAGGAGCUCUGCGCGCAAGCCAGUGUCUGCAUCCUACAGUACCAGCUUUUACUUGAAGAUCCUCUUCAAGUAUACAGCUUAGUUUUGGAUAUUGCAGAUAUAAAUGACAACAGCCCAGUGUUCGCUGCAGGGGAGAUACACCUAGAUGUAGUCGAAUCCACAGUUCUGGGGAGGCGCUUUCCCUUGGAGAGUGCGCAUGACCCCGAUCUCGGAACCAACUCAGUCCGUGAAUAUAAACUGAGCCCGAACGAUCAUUUUGCACUGGAAAUGAGUACCCAAAUAAAUAGCAAUGCUUAUCCGGAACUAGUUCUUAAAAAGUCCUUGGACCGGGAGGCACAAGCUGAACAUAUACUGAAAAUCAAUGGAAUCGACGGGGGAAAUCCGGUCAGAUCAGGAACUGCUUCUAUCCAUAUCCGUGUUUUGGACGCCAAUGACAAUGUCCCAGUUUUUAACCAACGAGUUUACAAAGCCUCUGUGCCAGAGAACUCUGCCAUAGGGACUGGCAUAGCCAAGCUGAAUGCCACGGACUCAGAUGAAGGUGUUUAUGGAGAGAUAACAUACUCAUUCAGUCACCUGUCAGACAAGAUGGGAGGACUUUUUGAAAUUAACCCUUUGAGUGGAGAAGUUCGGGUGGCAGGUGCUAUUGACUAUGAAGAUGCUAGUAUGCACGAGCUGGAUGUUCAGGCUAAAGAUGGGGGUGGUCAGGCGUCUCACUGUAAACUUAUAAUUGACGUAAUCGAUGUAAAUGAUAAUGCUCCGGUCAUUAACGUUAUGUCAUUCACGAGUCCUGUGUCAGAAGAUUCCCCUGCUGGUACCACCAUUGGCAUAAUUAAUGUGAAAGAUCUUGAUUCAGGUGAAAACGGACAAGUAAGGUGCACGAUCGAAGGCAAUGUUCCUUUUAAAAUUAAAUCCAAUGUGAGAAAUUAUUAUACAUUGAUGACUGAUGCUGCAUUAGAUCGUGAAAAUAUGUCAGAAUGUAACAUCACUGUUAUUGCCUCAGACGCAGGAUCGCCACCCCUCUCAACUAAAAGAACAUUUUAUCUUAAGGUCUCAGAUGUCAAUGAUAAUGCUCCAGUAUUUCCACGAAGCUGUUAUAGUGCAUUCAUCGCAGAGAAUAACUAUCCGGGUGUAUCUAUACUAAGUGUUAAUGCUAAAGAUCCCGAUGAAAACCAGAAUGCCCGUGUUUCCUAUAUUUUGGAAGAGUCUGAGAUUGUCGGGUCUCCAGUGUCUGAAUAUGUGUCUAUAAAUGCAGAAACUGGAGUGAUACACGCAGUGCGCUCUUUUGAUUAUGAGCAGAACAAGCAGAUUAGAAUCACUAUCAAAGCGCAGGAUGGAGGCUCUCCUCCACUCAGUAGCAAUGUGACUGUGAAAAUACUGAUCCAGGACCAGAACGACAACCCUCCUCAGGUUCUGUACCCAGUCCAGACUGGUGGCUCUCUGGUGGCUGAAAUGGUGCCUCGUUCAGCAGAUGUGGGCUAUCUGGUCACUAAAGUGGUGGCUGUUGAUGUGGACUCUGGACAGAAUGCCUGGCUCUCCUAUAAACUGCAGAAAGCCACAGACAGGGCGCUGUUUGAAGUGGGCUUACAGAAUGGAGAAAUAAGAACUAUCCGCCAAGUCACUGAUAAAGAUGUUGUGAAACAAAGACUGACUGUUAUAGUGGAGGACAACGGGCAGCCCUCUCGUUCAGCUACAGUCAUUGUUAACGUGGCGGUGGCGGACAGCUUCCCUGAAGUGCUGUCUGAGUUCACUGACUUUACACACGACAAGGAGUACAAUGACAACCUGACUUUUUACUUAGUGUUGGCUUUGGCUGUAGUUUCCUUCCUCUUCAUUACGUGUUUAGUGGUUAUUAUAUCAGUGAAAAUCUACAGAUGGAGACAGUCUCGCAUCCUGUAUCACUCCAAUCUCCCUGUGAUUCCAUAUUAUCCACCACGUUACUCAGACACUUUGGGGACAGGGACUCUCCAACACGUGUACAAUUACGAGGUGUGCAGGACGACUGACUCCAGAAAGAGUGACUGUAAGUUCGGCAGAGCUGGUAGUCAGAACGUGCUGAUAAUGGACCCCAGUUCUACAGGGACGAUGCAGCGGAUACAGAGUGAAAAGAGCAUCCUGGAUGAACCAGACUCUCCUCUAGAGGUUAGUUCAAUGAUGUAGAUUUGUCUCUGUGCAGUUAUUUCUCCUUCUGUGUUUAGCUAGUGAAGUGCUUCACUCUAUACCGUCCUCUUCAGCACCAUGGACAGUAUUUCACGUUGCAGCACUGAAAACUGAUGUAGAACUUAAACAUAUACUCAUUUCUCAGUUAGUGAUAAGCGGACUGAGAUAUUUUAGUUUCUAAAUGUGCUUGCACAGCGUGAGUGGUCAACAGAGUCUUUUAGUGUUCAUUCACACGUGAUUGUUGAAGGAAAUGGUUUGUAAGUGAUCAAAAUUAUUCUACUGACAGGCAAAAAUGCUCCUUUCACUGCAACAUUCAACAUAGCUUCCUGAGUCGUGAUAAAGUUGUAGUUGCUUUUUGUUAUUUUUUUGUGACAUGUAUUGUAAUGU